CUGUCUCUCUGUCUCUCUGUCUCUCUCUCUGUUUGUCAUGUUUCCAGACCACCAGAAGCUUGAGAGAGAGGCCAGGAUUUGCCGUCUGCUGAAACAUCCCAAUAUUGUGAGGCUUCAUGACAGCAUAUCAGAGGAGGGCUUCCACUACCUGCUGUUUGAUCUGGUGACUGGAGGAGAGCUGUUUGAGGACAUCGUAGCCAGGGAGUACUACAGUGAGGCUGACGCCAGUCAUUGCAUACAGCAGAUUGUAGAGAGUGUUCAUCACUGCCAUGUCAAUGGUAUCGUUCACAGGGACCUGAAGCCUGAGAACCUCCUAUUGGCCAGUAAGCUGAAGGGGCGGCGGUUAAGCUUAGCUGACUUUGGGCUCGCCAUCGAGGUGCAGGCUGACCAACAGGCAUGGUUUGGUUUUGCUGGUACUCCAGGCUACCUGUCUCCAGAGGUCCUGAGAAAAGACCCAUAUGGGAAGCCUGUGGACUUGUGGGCCUGUGGGGUGAUCCUGUACAUCCUAUUGGUCGGUUACCCUCCCUUCUGGGACGAGGACCAGCACAGACUGUACCAGCAGAUCAAGGCUGGAGCCUACGAUUUCCCGUCUCCAGAGUGGGACACGGUGACUCCUGAUGCCAAAGACCUGAUCAAUAAGAUGUUGACCAUCAACCCCGGCAAACGCAUCACCACCGCAGAGGCCCUCAAACACCCCUGGAUCUGUCAACGGUCCACUGUAGCUUCCAUGAUGCACAGACAGGAGACUGUGGAGUGUCUGAAGAAGUUCAAUGCCAGGAGGAAACUCAAG